AUGCUACGCACCGCUGCUGCCCGCUCUGCUCGCUCCCUCCGCCCGUCGUCGCUCCACUCAAUCGCACCCCGCAUCCGAACCUCCGCCGCCUCUCUCUCGCGCGCAAUGAGCUCGUCGGCCGUGCGAGCGAGCGCAGGACUUGCACAGUCUCAGCCACCGCUGUUCUACCUCGACCCGCCGUCCGCUGAGCAGGAGGAGGCCAACUUCCGCACCCAAGUCGACGACAUCUCCAACUGGUUCAGCUCGCCGCGAUGGGCCAAGACGAAGCGCCCUUACUCGGCAGAACUCGUCGCGACGAAGCGCGGAACGCAGCCCGUCUCGCCUCUCCACCCGUCCAACAUCUCGGCGAAGAAGCUGUGGGCGCAACUCGAGCGGGCGAGCGAGAAGGGCGUGCCGCUGCACACCAUGGGUGCCAUCGACCCGGUCCAGAUGACCCAGCAGGCGCCCUACCUCGACGUCCUCUACGUUUCAGGCUGGGCGGCGAGUAGCGUCUUGACGACGGGCUUCAACGAAGUCGGACCGGAUCUCGCGGAUUAUCCCUACACAACCGUCCCGAACCAGGUUCAGCGGUUGCGCAAGGCGCAGGAGCUGCACGACAGGAAGAUGUGGGACGAGAGGCGGUGCGGAAACAAGGACAAGCAGCCUUGGAUCGACUACUUGCGGCCCAUCGUUGCAGACGGCGACACCGGUCACGGCGGUCUCUCGUCGGUCAUGAAGCUCGCCAAGGCGUUCGGCGAGGCAGGCGUCUCGGCAGUCCACUUUGAGGACCAGCUUCAUGGCGGCAAGAAGUGCGGUCACCAAGCCGGCAAGGUCCUCGUCCCCAUCUCGGAGCACGUCUCUCGCCUCGUCGCCGCCCGCUUGCAGUGGGACAUCAUGGGUCUCGAGACUCUUCUCAUCGCUCGUACCGACGCCGAGAGCGGCAAGUUGCUCUCGAGCACGGCGGACGCGCGCGACCACGAGUUCGUGCUCGGUGUCGAGACGCACAACGGACCGAAGAAGGCGCUCGCGGACGAGAUCAUGCAUGCGAGUUUGGCGGGAAAGAGCGGAGCCGAGAUUGACCAGCUCGAGGCGGACUGGAUGUCGGGCGUCAAGCUCGUCACUUUCGACGAGGCCGUCCAUAACCAUCUCAAGCGCACUCUCUCCGCCUCUGACGCUUCUUCCAAGUUCGACACGUACAAGCAGCGCGUUGCAGGCGCCAACUUGUCGAACCGAGAAGCGCGCGCCGUUGCGAAGGAGAUCGUCGGCGAGGAGAUCCAGUGGGACUGGGACUUGCCGAGGACGAAGGAGGGCUACUACCACUACCGUGGCGGCAUGGCGGCCGCGAUGAAGCGCACUCUCGCCUUUGCCGACUACGCCGACCUUCUCUGGCUCGAGACCAAGGCGCCCGACCUGAAACAGGCGCAGACUUUCGCCGGCACAAUCCGCGAGAAGAACCCGGGCAAGUGGCUUGUCUACAACCUUUCACCGUCAUUCAACUGGGGCGCCCACGGCUUCAGCAACGAGCAGCUCAAGUCGUUCGUUUGGGACCUCGGCAAGGCCGGCUUCGUCAUCCAGCUGAUCUCGCUCGCUGGCUUGCACUCGACGGCUGUCACUACGGCUGAACUCGCCAAGCGGUUCAAGACGGACGGCAUGCUCGCCUACGUCGAGCUCAUCCAGCAGAAGGAGAAGGACCUCAAGGUGGACGUCUUCACACAUCAGAAGUGGUCAGGCGCGAGUUACAGCGACAGGGUGCUGAAUGCUGUUGCGGCCGGCUCUUCUGCGACCCAGGCGAGCGGAAAGGACUCUACCGAGCACACUUUCUGA